CUGAGGACUGGUAGUGGUAGCAUUUUUCCAUUUUGAUUUAGAUUUUAGCAUUGCAGACAAGACGAAGCGAUGGACAUUGGACAUGGGUGAUGAAACUUCAUAAACUUUGGAAAAAUGACUUACAAGAGAAACUCCUUUGUAGCAGUCAAGAGUGAAGAAGGUGGAUUUUAUCUAUGCCAAGUACUGGAAAACAUCCCAGAAAAAACAAAAAGAAAUAAAAAAUACAAAGUUAAAUGGUUAGAAGAAGUAGGAAAAAAUACAUAUAAAAUUUCUUAUGAUGACUUUAUAGAACAACAAUGUAUCAUAGAUGUAGCAAUUUUAAUAAACAGAAAAUCCCACUUGAUUCUCAGCAAGUCUGAGCUUCUUAGGUUAGAAGGUCUGGUCAAAAGUUCCAACACUAUAAAUGUAGAACAAUUUUGGAGUGAAGACGAACUAAAUGAUAAAGAACGGACAGACUUGAAGCAGCAUGAAACACUAGAGGUAGAGGCAGACCCUGAUGAAACGUUGAGUUUGAGUAUUACUAAAAAUUUUGAGAAUGAAGAUGAACUAAAUGGUAGAGAACAGGCAGACUUAAAGCAGCAUGAAACACUAGAGGUAGAGGCAGACCCUGAUGAAACGUUGAGUUUGAGUAUUACUAAAAAUUUAGAGAAUGAAGAUGAACUAAAUGGUAGAGAACAGGCAGACUUAAAGCAGCAUGAAACACUAGAGGUAGAGGCAGACCCUGAUGAAACGUUGAGUUUGAGUAUUACCAAAAAUUUAGAGAAUGAAGAUGAACUAAAUGGUAGAGAACAGGCAGACUUGAAGCAGCAUGAAACACUAGAUGUAGAGGCAGACCUUGAUGAAACUUUGAGUUUGAGUAAUACUAAAAAUUUAGAGAUUGAAGAUGAACUAAAUGGUAGAGAACAGGCAGACUUGAAGCAGCAUGAAACACUAGAGGUAGAGGCAGACCCUGAUGAAACGUUGAGUUUGAGUAUUACCAAAAAUUUAGAGAAUGAAGAUGAACUAAAUGGUAGAGAACAGGCAGACUUGAAGCAGCAUGAAACACUAGAUGUAGAGGCAGACCUUGAUGAAACUUUGAGUUUGAGUAAUACUAAAAAUUUAGAGAUUGAAGAUGAACUAAAUGGUAGAGAACAGGCAGACUUGAAGCAGCAUGAAACACUAGAGGUAGAGGCAGACCCUGAUGAAACGUUGAGUUUGAGUAUUACCAAAAAUUUAGAGAAUGAAGAUGAACUAAAUGGUAGAGAACAGGCAGACUUGAAGCAGCAUGAAACACUAGAUGUAGAGGCAAACCUUGAUGAAACUUUGAGUUUGAGUAAUACUAAGAAUUUAGAGAAUGAAGAUGAACUAAAUGAUAGAGAACAGGCAGACUUGAAGCAGCAUGAAACACUAGAGGUAGAGGCAGACCCUGAUGAAACUUUGAGUUUGAGUAUUACUAAAAAUGUACAGAACGAAGAUAAAGUAAAUGAUAGGGAACAGACAGACUUAAAGCCGUGUGAAACACAAGAGGUGGAGGCACAAAUGAGUAGUACUAAAAAUUUAGAGAAUGAUGAUGAAGUAAAUGAUGGGGAACAGGCAGACUUAAAGCCGUGUGAAACACAAGAGGUGGAGGCACAAACGAGUACUACUAAAAAUUUAGAGAAUGAUGAUGAAGUAAAUGAUGGAGAACAGACAGACUUAAAGCGGCGUAAAACGCUAAAGGUGGCCACACAAAGUAGUGAUGAAAUGAUGAGUAUUAGUAAUGAUUCAGAGUAUCAGCCAGAUUUGGAAGAAGAAAGUUCUCCAUCCUGUAUUUCUGAAUUGUCAUCAUCAGGAGAAGACAGUUUACCAGAUAAAGAAAUGAAUAAAACAAUACAAAAGAGGAAAUACAAAGUACCAAAACAAAGGGGGUGUGAAAUACCAACUAAACGUGGUAGUAAAAUUGCAGUACCAGCUUCUAAAGCAAGCGUGAGCACACGAAAAAAAAAAUUAGAGAAUGAAAAUGAAGUAAAUGAUGGAGAACAGACAAACUUAAAGCGACGUAAAACGCUAGAGGUGGACACACAAAGUAGUGAUGAAAUGAUGAGUAUUAGUAAUGAUUCAGAGUAUCAGCCGGAUUUGGAAGAAGAAAGUUCUCCAUCCUGUAUUUCUGAAUUGUCAUCAUCAGGAGAAGACAGUUUACCAGAUAAAGAAAUUAAUAAAACAAUACAAAAGAGGAAAUACAAAGUAACAAAACAAAGGGUGUGUGAAAUACCAACUAAACGUGGUACUGAUAUUAAAGUACCAAUUUCUAAAGCAAGCGUGAGCACAGGAAAAAAAAAAGUAUACGAUCAAAUACAUUGUUGCUUUUUUUGUGACAAACUUAUUUGUAAGAUGUCACGGCAUCUUGAGCAUUGCCAUGAAAAUGAAAUGGAAGUUGCUAAGAUUUUGGCGUUGCCAAAAAGUUCUUUAUUGCGGAGAAAUGCCUUUAGUGAACUUACUAGAUUGGGGGACUAUCACUAUAAUUGUGAUAUUUUGUCUAAACGAACAGGAGAAUUGAUACUCAUUAGAAGACCAUCAGCCAUUGAAAAAGAAGGAAAAACAUAUUCAGACUAUUUACCAUGUCCCCACUGUCUGGGGUUUUUAUUAAAAAAACACUUAUGGAGUCAUGUGAAAUUCACCUGCCACGCUGCAAAGAAAGAUGAUGACCAUGCAAACAUUGAUAAAAAGAAAGGCUUUCUUUCUCUAAGUAAAGCACUUGUCGGGCAUUUCUUGACCCCCGAAUCCUCACAAAGUUUUUAUGACAACAUCAUAUCGACCUUUAAAAAAAAAGAUGGAAUAAAGGAAAUUUGUUCCGAAGACCCUCUUAUAAUUCGUUUGGGAAUGCUGAUGUUUGAAAAAUUUAAUAAUACAAAGAAUGACCUCAUAAGGCAAAACAUGCGCAGACUUGGGCGUUUGGUUAGCGAGUUCAGGAAGAUAGAUUCAAAGUUUGCAGGUGCCAUGGUUAUUGAUUGCCUUCAACCAAAUAAUUUUGAUUCCUUAAUCCAAGCAGUAAAAAACCUGGCUAUUGUAGAAUUAAAUCAUUCUGAUCGACCAACUAUGAAGAUACCUUCUUUAGCCUUAAAGCUUGGGCACGCCCUACGAAAAUGUGCUGCACUUCAAAGAGGAACGUUUUUGAAAGAAGGAAAUUUAAAAGGAGAACGAACCAUGAAAUCUUUUUUAAGUAUCAUGGACAUUGAAUGGGAAAACAGAAUUUCCUCUACUGCCUUAAUUACCUUCAAAAGGACAAAGCAAAGGAAAGAAGACUUGCUACCUCUAACAUCAGAUUUGAUGAAAAUUAAUUCUUACUUAGAUGGCAAAAUUGAUGUAUAUAUUGGUUUGUUAAAAGACUGUCCAUCGAACGCAAGUUUAUGGCAAAAUCUAGCAAAAGCAACUUUGGCUAGAAUCAUGAUGUUUAAUAAAAAAAGGUCAGGAGAAGUCUCCAAAAUGAAAAUUAAAGAUUUUACUGAAAGGAGAAAUUAUCAUGGUGAAAACUCUGAAGAAAUUAUAAAGUCAUUUUCGGAUCUGGAGAAAAAGCUUAUGAAUGUCAUGACACUGAUUUACAUUGUUGGCAAACGAGAGAAUGAUGUGCCAGUUUUACUAACUAGUGAAAUGAAGAAAGCCAUUGAUGUUUUGUUGUUAUAUAGAAAAAACAUAUCAGUCAUUAAAUCUAGCAAUGAAUAUAUGUUUCCUAAUUUGAAUUCAGAUAGACAUCAAAGAGGGCACGAUGUAAUAAGGGCUUUUUGCCAGGAAUUGGACCUACAGAAACCUCACUUAAUUACCAGCACCAAAUUAAGAAAAUAUAUUGCCACAGUUACCCAAGUAGUAAACUUGACAGAAAAUGAAAGUGAUUGGCUGGCCCGACAUUUAGGUCACAACAUCAGAGUUCACAGAGAGUAUUAUAGGAUGCAAGAGUCAGCUGUUGAACUGACCAAAGUCAGUAGACUGCUUUUAGCCGUUGACGAAGGAAGAAUAAGUGAAUUUAGUGGGCAGAAACUUGACGAAAUCAACCUUGAAGAUCUUCCAAAUCUUCCUUCAGAAGCAGAAAGUGAGGAAGAUAUUGACCAACCACUAACCGGCCCAAAUGAAAAUUUCCCAAACCUUUCUUCUGAAGGCGAAAGUGAAGACAUUGACAAAGCAAGUACCGUCCAGAAAAAACGCUCAAAACGCAAAUCCUUGGAAAACAGACAUAAACCGAAUUUGAAAACUUCUACAAAAACAAAUCCUAGCAACAACAAAGCCACAAGGAAUGUGUGGCCGGACAACGAACGGUGCCUGUUACUGCAGCACUUCAAACAAGUCAUCAAGAGAGGUAAUGUGCCAGGCAAACUCGAAUGUCAGGAAUUUAUAGACGCAAAUAAGAGCAAUCCCUUUUUUCACUCUAUUCAGUGGAAAGAUGUUAAAUAUAGGGUAUAUAACCAAAUACAAAAAGUGAAACCAAAAAGGGUAUAAUGUAGACCUACAUUGUUAAAAAAAACUAGGGUGUUAUUGUUUUCAAAUUUUUAAUGAAAUGUUACGGUAUUAAUAACUGUAAAUAAUGUUCAGAAACAUUCCAUGAAGAAAUUUUUAUUAGAAGCCUACAUUAGCUAUAUCCACACUUGUGCAUUUUAAAUUCAACAUUCAAAUCAACAUGCAUCAACGCAAGCAUGCCCCUUGAGGCAUGCAUUUUAGCUGUAUACACUCAUACAUCACUUUCCUCACUUUCUUGAUACCUUUUCUUAAUUAGAUGAAGACAACGCUAAACUGAUAGUAGGGAUGGUACGGAAUAUUUAGUGUUAGUAAAAGUUCCAAAACGUAAGAAAUCAUUGUGGACAAUGCCAAUAAAGAAAAACUCAACAUUUUCAUAUUUUAUUUAUUUAUUAAUUAAAUUGUAAUGUCGAUUAUUUUAAUUUAAUUUUUAUUACUCCGUAUGCCCUCUAACAUAAAUUUGAGCGAUAAUCUUCCAUGCGUUUUGAGGUUUCUUAGUUAUUCAAUAUGCUUUAAACAACUACAACACGGAAUACUUGUCAAAUAUGUAAAGCCGUUGUAAGUUGAAACGCUAAAAAAUCAAGGGCUAGUGGAUUGUCCAUAGGGCUGUGCGCUAUGGAAUAGAACUCCUUCCGGCUCAUUUCGGGCAUCCCUUGACUCAUGCAUCAAUUGAGUCCCUCUGCCUCAGGGCAUGCAUUAAAAGACAUGCGCACGAGUGUGGACAUGGCUAAUAGGAUUAAAUUUUAAUCGGUUCUUGGUCACCAUGACUGAAUGUGCCUGAUGGUUCCAUCGUGCCUUAGUUUGAGCCUAAUCUUGUUCUUGCUAAGUUGCAAUUUAUGUUUUUACUGUAUUAUGGAAUAUUCUACCAAAAGAAAUCAAAGUGACUUUGAUAGCGUUAAGAAUCUAUCAGAUAGUGAUUUUAUGAUUUUUUGGUCAUAUUAUAAAAACUUCAUUUAUUAAAAAAAAAUUAGCUAGUUUUUUACAUUUGUAUGGCUGAAUUUUUUAUGGUGAGUUUUUAAAUUCUUCCCACACAUUUUUUACAACUCACAUUAUGAAACUUAAGAGUAGUAGGCUACAAUUGUUGGCAUAUGUAUUCUAUUAUAACUUUUUUAUCAGAUUUAUUUUGUUAAAUGAGGCUUGUCUAGUCAUUAAUAGAGUCAACCCCAUCUACAGUACCAAAGUUAUUAAAAUAAGAAUUUUUUAUUGACUCCUGCCUCAUUUAUAUUACAUAAAGUAUUUGACUUAACCGUGUUUUGUGUUUAUUUGUGAAUUUUCUAUCAAUUUAAACAAAGGAGAUAAUUGUAGUUUACUUAAUAAAUAAUAAUGUAAUUACAACUUCAAAAUAAUGGGGUUGUCCGUUUUGGGGUUGACUGUUUUAACCAACCUUUUUGAGUUAUCUGACUUAGGCCCGGUCCGGUCCCAUUAAUAUAUUGCAUUAUAAUGUUUACAUAGGCCUAGUAAUUGUUUUUAUCAUAUUUACAUUCUUGUUAAGGAGUCUCUAUUCAGGGACAGACUGAAAUUUUGUUAUACUAUCCUCUAGUUAUUGUUUGUUAUUAAAUGUAAUUUGUAUACUCAUAUUGUUCUAAUGUUUUUGUUGUUGUAGGUGUAAGAUAUUGUUCCUUGUUUUUUAUAAAUAGUGCAAUAUGAAUUUUGAAAAGUUCCUUUUUAUAGUAUACCGUACUCAUAUUGUACAAAUAAUCUCGUAGUUAAGGUGAAAGAUAUUGUUCCUUGUUUUGUACAAAUAGUACAAUAUGAAUUUUAAAAAGUUCCUUUUUUUUAGUUUUAUGUAACAGUAACAGUAUUAUUACUCGUGUUGUGUUGAAUAUGAAUUAUGAAUUUUAUAAAGUUCUUUGAUUUUGUAGUUAAGUGUGUAACAGAGUGUCACCCAUGUUGGGUUAAAGGCUAUAGGCCCUAAUAUGAAUUUAUAAAAUAUAUAUUAAAAUCAUGCAUAAAGCUGUUCUCCUGUUAUAUUUGAGUA